AUGCAUUUUCUUUCUGUGUUGGCUGCCGGCCUCACACUCACCCCAGGCAGCGUAUAUGCCGCGACGCAACUCAGUUUCUUCGAACACAAUUCCUGUAAUGCAGGGACCUCGUUCGAGCAAUAUACCGACUACAACGUCCUCACCGCCGACACAUCAUGUCACCAACUACCGAACGGGACGGUAGCAUUUUACGUGAACCAAAUUGAUCAGGGUUGUUCGAUCCGCUCAUAUACCUCAUCCAACUGCAACCCAUCCUCAUCUUCCCUCGCCGGCGUCCUCAUCGGCGUCGGAACAUGCUUCUACAUCGACGAAGGCGUGGACUUGGGGUCCUGGCGGCCCGACUGUCUUGGUGUCGAUUAUUCGUCUACUAAUGGUCUGGACACGUCGAAUUCGUAUACUUCAACUUCGUCAACUUCGUCAAACAACAACGGCAGCAACGGCAACAGUAGUGGUAGCAGCAAUUCUACCAUCACUAUUACUUCUGCUGCUGCUCCAGGUCAAUCGUCGAAUUCAGGUGCUGACGCGGCGGUUCAAUCUGUUAUCAAAACUGCGACGGGGGCAGUCACUUUUACGCCUGUGACUACGAGUACGACAUCAGCUUCGGCAUCGGCGUCGGCGUCGGAUUCAGGGUCAGGGUCAGAUUCGACUUCUGCUGCUGCGAGUGGUACAGGUACAGGUACCGGUACUGUGAGUGGAAGUGCAACCGGGACAGCGAAUACGAGUACGAGUACGAAUGGCGCUGCGGGAUUGUCAAUGGGACCAUUGAUGACUUCCUUUGGCACAGUCAUGGCCGCUUUUGCUCUGUUGGGUUGA